CUCUGCAUUUAGUUCCAUAUUCCAUAAGAUUUUGUCCUCCGAAAAUGGAAUCUGAAGUAGAUAAAAGUCAAUAUGUGCUACCAAAUGAUCAACCUGUAGUCACUUUAGAAGCAACAUCAGCCUUUAAUAGUCUCACAUCAAAGGAACGACUUUAUGCUCAUCACAUUAGUCAAGCAUCUUGGAAAGGUGGUCUUAUAACCUUACUUCAAACCAGUCCAGAAUCUGGCCCCACAUUUAUUUUAUUUCAUAAGCUAUUUUCUGCAGAAAGUCCAGAAGAAUUUAAGGCAUUAGCUCUUAAAUCUGGAUUUACUGAAGAUGAAGUCAAAGCACUUUUUGUGUAUACAAGUGGAGUAUUUUGCAAUGCAGGAGAUUAUAAGGGUUUUGGAGAUACUAAAUUUAUUCCCAAUAUAGAACAAAACCGUUUGGAAGAACUUUUGAAAUUGAGUAAAAUCUGGGAUCAAUUAGAACCACUAUGGGUUGAAUUAAAAGAAGUUUUAUAUGAUCUAAGACCUGGAAAAACAUGCUUGGGAUAUAAUCCUGAGGGUUGCACAACUUAUUUGUCAAAAAAUUGUAUUCCAGAGGACAAUGGCAAAGUACAAAACUGGUUGAAAUCCCAGGGAAUGGAUUGUUACAACACAAGGUUGUUUAAAACUGAAGAUAAUGGAAAGAUCACAUAUGAAAUAAGACUCGCAGCUGAAGAAAAAAGGGAAGUGAAAAAAGCAACUGAUGGAAAUAUCACAUAUGUAAUUACCAGUGGUGACUAUUCUCCAAUUAUGGGAGAAGUUGCUACCCAUUUAGAAAAUGCUAUUGAAUUUGCAGCUAAUGAAAAUGAAGCGAAUAUGCUAACUAGUUAUGUAUCAUCAUUUAGAACGGGGUCUUUAGAUGAUCAUAAAUCUGGUUCUCGUUACUGGAUUCGGGAUAUGGGACCUGUAAUAGAAACUUACAUUGGUUUCAUAGAAACUUAUAGAGACCCUGCUGGUGUUAGAGGCGAAUUUGAAGGAUUUGUUGCAGCUGUUAAUAAAGAAAUGUCUGCCAAGUUUACGACACUUGUCUCUAAUGCUGAAAAUUUUUUAAAAUUGUUACCUUGGAAUAAAGGUUUUGAAAAGGAUAAGUUUCUGAAACCUGAUUUUACUUCAUUAGACGUUCUUACAUUUGCUGGCAGUGGAAUACCUGCUGGCAUAAAUAUACCAAAUUAUGAUGAAAUUCAACAGUCUGAAGGUUUUAAGAAUGUAUCUUUGGGAAAUGUAAUUCCUGCUAGUUAUCAACAGUCUGUUACUCCAUUCUUAAGUCAAGAAGAUGCAGAACUAUUACAAAAAUGGCGUGUUCCUGCAUUUGAAUUACAAGUGGGACUUCAUGAAUUAUUAGGCCAUGGCUCAGGAAAAUUAUUGAGGAAAGAAUCUGAUGGAUCUCUUAACUUUUCUCCAACAUUAUUAGACCCUCUUACAGGAAGACCACCUGCAUCCUAUUAUGAACCUGGUGACACGUAUGAUACAAAAUUUGGCCCUCUUAGUUCUUCUUAUGAGGAAUGCAGGGCAGAAGCCGUUGGUUUAUACCUCAGUUUAGAUCCUGAUGUUUUAAAAAUAUUUGGACAUGAAGGUAAUGAAGCUGAAGAAGUAACCUACGUUAAUUGGUUGUCUCUGAUUUGGGCAGGAGCAGGUAGAGGCUUAGAGCAGUGGGAACCUGGACGAGGUUGGUUACAAGCACAUGCACAGGCUCGAUUUGUAUUAGCUAGGGUUUUAAUACAGGCAGGAAUAGCUCAGGUAACCCAACCAAGUGAAGGUGACCUCUUGGUUACUCUGGAUCGUUCUGCAAUCAAAGGAGCUGGUAGAGCAGCCAUCGGUCACUUUCUGUUGCAACUUCAGGUUUAUAAAGCUACAGGAAAUGUGGCAGAAGCGAAAAAACUUUAUCAUCAUUAUGCUGAAGUGUCGGAGCCUUGGUUAAGCUGGAGAUCAAUAGUAUUAGCGAAUAAACAACCUAGAAAAAUGUUUGUACAACCUAAUUUGGUUCUUGGAGAAGAUUCUACAGUUAAAUUAAAGUGUUAUGAAGCUAGUUUGGAAGGACUUUUGCAGUCCUGGACUGAUCGAUUUAUAAAACCUCAACCACUAUAUGAUGCUUUACUGGAAUUAACUAAAACUGAUGCUCAUCAUUUUUAAUACUUUUUCAUAUUGCCUUUAAUAUACAAUCUAGGCUCUAAGCAGUACUAUAAAGAAUUUUUUAAAUCUUGUUUCUUUAAUUCUAUAAAAAAUUUGUAACUAUAAUUGCAAUGAAAUAUUUAAUUUUCU